UCCUCUAACUAAGCGUCUCCACUUGCUCUAGUCAAACAGUUGCCCCGUUUUGCGAUUUAGGCCCGGGUUAAACCUGACGCACUCUCGUUGGUGUGCUGAAGAAGUUUUGAAAAGACAUUUUCUUAAAUCAGAAGAACUUGCGCGAGUACUAUUUUUGAAUAAGUUACUUUUUUUUUUUGUUAUAGCGGUGUAAAAUUAUUGUUAACAAUGGAUGAUCAAAUAAGCUCCACGACACCUUCAUAUGGCUUUCAGCAUGAUGAAGAAGAAGAACACCGAGCAGACAAACACGUGAACUCGCUGCAGGAUGAAGCAGCUGAUUUCUCGAUUAGAGAGGCAGUGGCUGAUGUUCCAGAGGAUGAUGAUAUUUUAGAUCUGGCCGGAGGAGCGAAAGAUGCGCUCGAGAGGCACAAGUCCACACUGCCACGUACCGAAGAGCCACUGCUAGACUUCGCAGAACCAGAACCAUCAUCCAUCUCUAAACCAGAGCCAGAAGCUGUCAAGCCAGCACUGAUCAGUGCAUUUGGAGAUGCAACAACAAAACCGACAAAACCAGAAGAGAAGACAACAGUUACCCCAUCUAAAUCUAAAUCUUCAUGUUCAUUGGUGGACCUGCUGUAUUGGCGAGAUCUGCAGAGGACGGGGGUGGUGUUUGGAGCCAGUCUGUUCCUGCUGCUGUCCCUCAGCGUGUGCAGUAUUAUCAGCGUGCUCUCCUAUGUGGCCCUUGCCCUGCUGUCUGUCACCAUCUCCUUCAGGAUAUACAAAGGCAUUUUACAGGCUGUUCAGAAGUCAGAGGAUGGGCACCCCUUCAAGAUGUAUCUGGAUAAGGAUAUCGCAAUCCCUACGGAGAUGGUUCAUAAGUACAGUGACACAGCUCUGGGGCACAUCAACGCUGUCGUUAAAGAGCUGCGACGACUCUUCCUGGUGGAGGAUCUGGUGGACUCACUCAAGUUUGCAGUUCUCAUGUGGAUCUUGACCUAUGUUGGUGCCUUGUUCAAUGGUCUCACCCUUCUUAUUUUGGGUCUCAUAGGUGCUUUCAGUUGGCCAGUGAUCUAUGAAAAGCAUCAGGCACAAAUUGACCAUUACUAUGGACUGGUGAACAAGCAAAUCAAAGAUGUUGUGGGAAAGAUCCAGGCCAAGAUUCCCGGAGCAAAGCCAAAGACUGAGUGAAGAAAGUUAGAUUGUGUGUUAAUUCUGUGCACGAGAAGUGAUGAUGGAACAAGAAUCAGAACAAGACGGACAGAAUCGUGUUUGGUUUGGAAAAAGGCCUUAGACGAUGCAAUGUAAACUUUAUUCCCCCCCUCCCCCAGUGUUUGAAAUGUUAGUGUAACUGAGAAUGAAACCUUUUUAAACCUCCCAUCAGUUUCUCUCACAAGAGUCGUCAUCACUGUCUUUCAGAGUAGAUCUAUGUUUAAACGCAGCUACAUAACACCAUUACAGAAUGUAGUCCGAGGAACUCAUGUCAGCGAAGGCAGGAAUCGAUGAGAUUUUUUUCGUUUACUAUUCGGUCAGUGACGCGUUAACCUUUUUUGAAGGUCAUUUUGAUUCAUUUCAGUAUGAUAAAGGGAGUGAAUUGUUUUGGUUACGAAGUUCCUUCACAAGUGUUUUGAUUUUAGCAAUUUUUUUUUUCUUCCUAUUUCGUUCGUACUUGGCGUGAUAGAACACAGCGGUGUUGUGGUGUAACUGUGUUAAAGUUGAUGAAAUUAGAUCAUGUUAGAGGUGAAGAGGCUUCUAGUCUUCUGUAGCAGAGUUUAAGAGCAGUUUUAUUUCGCACUUGUCUUCAAAGGGAUCUGUUACGGCAUAUUGCACCCAACUAUUCAUAGUUUUUAGCCGUUAAGUGAAAAAGUAAAAAAAAUAAAGUGAACUAGAACGUAUGCUGUCAGCCUAUCACCUUCCUGUCAUGUCAAAAAUCACCAACAUGUUUGCAGAAUUUGCCGUCUCCAUCGUGGAUCGAAUACCUGAAACGGCACACGCUCUUAAAAACUUGCAAACAUCAAGCACUGUUUCUUCAUGCAGGUCAUUUGUAAAAGAUAAUUCAGUUUUGAUGGAAAAUAUGCUGAAGACUGUCUGUGGAAUGCUUUGUGAAAAAUAAGCCAAUAAAGUACCAAUAAAGCUUGUAGACAAACUA